AUGGAUGAUGACCAGCAAGGGGUACACUUCUACCAAGCGUUAGUGACUCAAGGAGUGCUUCAAAAGGAUCUUGAAGAAAACCCCGAAGGAGGCCCUGCCCUGGGUCAACAGGUGAGACCCGAAAUGGAACCGGAAGAGUAUGUGGUAACUGAUUAUAAAUACGACAAGUCUGACUGGCAGUCAGAUGAAGGAAAGGACGUUAAGGAGGCGCGAAAUGAACCCCACCUAGCAAAAGCCCCAUCACAUCCACGCACGAUUCAGAGGGGUGAUGCAUACCAUUUACGCUCUCUUGAGGAAGAAAUAAAAAAUCUCAAGCGUCAACUCUUUGAGACCGAAGCGAGGGUUGUACGAGCUGACUAA